UCUAUCAGGGUUAGUGAGGGCUAAUCUGGCUGUAGCCUUACUGUCGGAUGAAUGAACACUCACAGCUGGCGCAUCAGCGGAGCAAGUCUUUACGCGCAAGGCAUCAUUGGCUGAGAAGCCAUGCGUGUCACAGAGAAGACGGCGAACCAGUAAACAGCUUUACACGGACCAGUAAACUAGUUCCAGUCGGCCAGUUCGGUCUCUGUGAUUACUCUGAACGGCCGUUUAUCGACCCCCCCCUGCGGACUGACUGGCUGGCUGGCUGUUUCUUCCCCGAGCGGAGCUGUCCACGGUGCCGAAACAUGAACCAAAGCGCAGGAGCAGCGCAGCACACCCGACGCUACUCCAGUGAGGACAAGGACACGGGGCCUAUUGGGGGAGAUAAAAACUGGAAGGGCAUUGGCAUCUCCCUGCUGGUUAUUGUGGCGGUGCUGUCUCUCAUUGGUCUGUCCAUUGUUCUGCUGUCAAAAGAUGAUGGUGGUAAACCCUUUGGUUCACAUUUGACACUGGAUGACCUCUUUCAAAGAAACUUCCAAAUACAUGAUCCUGAUGCAAAGUGGAUCAGUGAUGAGGAAAUCAUCUUUCGAAGCUGGGAUGGAGACAUUAUGAAAGUCAACAUACGCAUCAACGAGACAGAACUCCUGCUGAAAAACACCACAUUUGCAACUUUUAAGGCCUCAAAGUUUGCAGUUUCUCCAGAUCUGAACUUUGUUCUUCUGGGAUAUGAUGUCAAGCAGGUCUACCAGCACUCGUUCUUGGCUUCGUACCUGAUCUACAACCUGUAUACAAGAGAGGUGCGGGAGCUGAAUCCUCCAGAGGUGUCCGAUUCAGUCCUCCAGUUUGCCUCGUGGGGAGUUCACGGUCAGCAGCUGAUAUAUAUAUUUGAAAACAAUAUUUACUACCAAACUGAUGUUCAGAGCAGCUCGUGGAGGCUCACGUCCUCUGGACAGGAGGGGAUCAUCCUCAACGGCAUCACAGACUGGCUUUAUGAGGAGGAGGUGUUGCACACACAGGUGGCCCACUGGUGGGCACCUGAGAGCUCAAGACUGGCCUACCUCACCAUCAACGAUUCCCUGGUUCCCAACAUGCUCCUGCCCCGAUUCACAGGCUCUCUGUACCCCCGGGGGAAGGAGUACCCUUAUCCAAAGAUGGGCCAGAUCAAUCCCACCGUCAGACUCUAUGUCGUCUCUCUGGAUGGCAGCUCCCUAACAACUGAACUGAGACCUCCUGACAGUUUUGAAAAGAGUGAGUACUACAUCACCAUGGUGAAAUGGGUGACACAGGACAGGCUGAGUGUGCGCUGGGUGAAUCGAGCUCAAAACGUGUCCAUACUUUCACUGUGUGACGUCACAACAGGUGACUGCGCCAAGAAACACGUGAUGACAUCAGAGAAGUGGCUUGAUCGUCAGAACGAGGAGCCAGUAUUUUCAGAGGAUUGCACAGCAUUCUUCAUCACUAUGCCCUUAAAACACGGUGGUCGCGGGGCAUUCAACCACAUCACCAUGAUCUCUAACCAAUCUGACGGUCAAGAGGUUAACCUCCGCCACCUGACCUCAGGAAGCUGGGAAGUCUCUACAAUCCUGGCCUACGACGAGAGCACAAACUCACUUUAUUUCCUAAGUACAGAGGAAGGCUCAACACAACGGCAGUUGUACAGAGUCUCCACUGUGGAUCCAUUUCAUAAAGAUUGUCUCACCUGCUCCCUCUUCAAAUCAAAGUGCACCUACUACGAUACCAUCCUCAGUCCAAACUAUCAACAUGUUCUUCUCAACUGCAGAGGUCCUGGAAUACCCCAAACUACUCUUCACAGUUUAAGUGAUAUGAACAAGCACAAGCCUGUGGCAAUGAACACAGUAUUAAGACAUGCACUGAUGAACAGGACAAUACCCAAGUGGGAAAGACGAACUGUACAAAUCAACGACUUUGCACUUCGUCUGGAGUUACUUCUCCCAAUAUCUUUGGAUGAAACAAAGGAGCACCCACUUUUACUCAUUCUCGACAGCGCCCCUGGUGGCCAGGCUGUGUCUGACCUCUUCUCUCUGAGCUGGGACUCUGUGCUGGUCAGCUCGGACAGCGUCAUCGUGGCUCGUCUGGACGGCCGGGGCAGCGGCUUCCAGGGUCAGAGGGUCCUGCACGACGUUCACCAGAGACUGGGGACUGUUGAUGUUCAGGAUCAGAUCGACGCUUUGGAGCACCUGGUCAGGCUACCCUAUAUUGAUGGCAACAGAGUUGGAGUGUAUGGAAAGGCAUAUGGAGGAUUUCUUGCCUCUCUCCUGCUCCUCUCCCACAGCUCCAUGUUCCAGUGUGGCAUCGCUGUCGCUCCCAUAACAAACUGGAGACUCUAUGGGUCGGCCCACGCUGAGAAAUACUUUGGCUCCGCAGCAAAAGAAGAUCACAAAUACCAAAUUUCCAGUCUGCUCAGUAACAUCACAUCACAGAGUCCUCUGAACUUUCAUAUUAUCCACGGCACCGCGGAUGCCACUGUUCAUUUCCAGCAUUCUGCUGAGCUGGUCAAACUGCUGUCUGCAUUGAAUGUUAACUACACUCUCCAGAUUUUCCCAGAUGAAGGACACAAUAUGGCCGCCACCAAAAGCCAACACUACAUGCUGCACUCAGUGCUCACCUUCUUCAAGCUCUGCUUCGAGGAAAAGCAGGUCGUCGCCCCUCAGACAUCUAAAGAGGUCGACUAGCCUGCGGAGCCUCCUGUGAUGACAGUUUUGGGAAGAGUGAAGAGUGUAGCAACUGAGCCAACAAAGAGAGAGCAUGUUUUCCUGAAGGGCUGUUGUCUGUAAACCACUCCAAAGGGUCAGCAUGUGAGAUACGUAGCAUCACGUUUUGGUAGUAGCAGCGUGGUGAUUCCCGGGUUGUGAUGAUCAGGCUGUGGAUUUGAAAAGAUGGUUGUAUUGUCGCCGUAUUCUAAUGCUUCAGAUUAUACUUAUUGUUUGUAAUGUUUGUAUUAUAUAUUGAGUACAAACGUCAGGGAAUCAAAGAAAUUUGUAUUUUUCCAUUUAAGAGCAUAAUUUUUGCGGACUGAUGUAAUUGACUGUGAAUAUUUCUAUUUGCUGCAAAAGGAACAAUUUAACUUAACUUGGGAGAUCAUAUCACUAAACAGUUUUUGCAGGUGCCUUUACCUCAUUACAGGCGUCACCAUGUUCCCACCUCACAGCCAACACAGUGUUCAUAGACCUACCAUGAUGUCUAAUUAGAUGGUGAAGAUUAAAUAUUGUAAGCACUGAGGAUUACCAGAGAAUCUGCAUCUUCAGUAAUGGUUGAGUGAUUCCUUAUUGGACUAAAAAACAAUUGCCAUAUGGUGAUUUAAAUCACAUCCAGAUAACCAUCAUGUGAAACCUCAGUCUCAUUGGUUUUAUUACUUAUCUUCUUAUUUUCACAUGUAAAUAAUAGUGAAAAAGAAGGUGAAUUUACCCUAAGGGUUUUAUUUCAACCAAAUCAGAGUGGUGAAUUUUGCAACAGUGGACUGAUGGACCACUUCCAAAAAUAUUGUUCCAUUUAGUCACUUAGAUACAAGAACAUAGGAAAAUAGGGUUACCAUUUAAGAAUACCUGCGCUGGUCAGUCAAUGAGAUAAACUCGUCUGUAGAGUGUAUGUGGGUAUUUUUUAACCCCCACCUCGGUGAUAUUUACAGCAACAUUUACCUGCAGUUUUUCAGUGAGCUCGCUGGUCCUUCCGUAAUUUAAAUCCCUACUUCACAUUUUUUUUAUGCAUGAAGAGCUGCUCAGAGUGAAUUUGACUUUUGUGUGAAAUCGAAGUCAAAACUGAUCUGAUAGAUGGAAGCAUGCUAACACAAACACAUGGCAUAUCGAUGACAGAGAGAAUGAAAGCCAUCAGGAGAGCAGGAGACUGUACACACAAUCAAAUGUACAGGUCCUGCUAUUCUCUUUUGAGCCCUAGUUUUCUUGCCAAUAUUUGUUCAUAUUUUGGCCAAUUGGCAGCAUUAAAAGAAUGGCGAAUUAGCAAUUAGCAGUUCGUUUUUUGCAAUGGAUGUACAGACAACUAUCACUGAAUUACUUUGAUACUGAAGGAACUUCAACUACAAGUUCUGAAGCGCCUUUUUUCUAUGAUUUCUAAGCAGAUUCAUGGAUGUUUAUUGCCAUUAUUAUUCUGAGUUAUGACUCUAAGAAGGGCCUCCCUGUGGAGGCUUUUGGCAGUCUCUUUUGGCUUUGGUCCUGCUGAAUGUCCAUGCCUAUUUAAGUAUAUUAAAGAAUUUUAGACUUUAUGGGGAUCAGAUCAUAAACUACAUUGCAGGAAUACUGAUUGGUAUUCCUUUUAAUGAAUAAGUCAAUUUAAAGAUGGAUUUAUGGAUGUAUGCUCUUUUCACAUAACACUGGAUUAUUCACUGUUACAUGUAUCGUUUUACAUUCCCACAUUGUGAAAAGGGUUUUAAAUGGGCAAGAAAAUGGAGAAACUUAGCUUUUAUUAAUACCAGUGUAUUCUGUACAGCGUGCUUUGUCCAUAACCAGACUCCUGUAAUACUGUAUGAUCACCAUAUCCUUCCUUGAGUAGGAUGUAGCAAACCCGAUCAUUUUCUGACCAUGAUCCUGUGCUGCUUUCACUUCUGCACUUUCUUGAUUUGGUCAAACUGCAUAUGAUUCUGUCAUACAUACUGACACGUUUAUAUGCUGAAAUAAAUUGUUAAACAAGA